AUCUUGAUCCCCGAAUACCACUUCCGGUUGAAAUAGUCAACAGACGGUUCUUGCGGAGAUGAAUUUUAUUGUAUAAGUAGACAGUGUCUUGCCCAUUGUGUCGAUGAAGAAAUUGAAUUAAGUUUUUUAUUAGGUGGACAAUAUCUCUCUGUUUUUAUAUUUCGAUCUGCUUCCAUUUUCUUCGACCUUGAGGUAACUUUUCAUCACUGAUGAACUGAUACUGGGGCACACAUGUUCCCGUGUUGUGAAGCUUAAGAAAAUAUUUGUGAGAAUGAACUUGGCAAGAAAAUGACCGAAGAAAGUAUUCAUUGACGUGGAAUCGAAAUAAUUAUGGCGGUUCAUCGGGAGGAGGAGAGGAAGACCUGCUGGGUGUGCUUUGCGACAGAGGACGAUGAUAAUGACACCCCUUGGGUUAGGCCAUGCAGGUGUCGGGGAACCACUAAAUGGGUGCACCAGUACUGUCUCCAGCGGUGGAUAGACGAAAAACAGAAAGGCAAAAGCACUGCUAAAGUGGCCUGUCCACAGUGUAACACGGAAUAUAUCAUCGUCUUCCCUAAACUAGGUCCAGUGGUAUACAUCAUGGACAUCAUGGAUAAGAUUAUUCACAAGGUCUGUCCAUUCUUGGCCGGCGGCAUCGUGGUGGGGUCGGUGUACUGGACUGCAGUAACCUAUGGUGCUAUCACUGUUAUGCAGGUUUUGGGCCACAAGGAGGGCUUGAAUGUCAUGGAAGGUGUGGAUCCAAUCUUUUUACUAAUCUGCUUGCCAAUUAUACCAGUGGUGCUUAUCCUGGGCAAGAUGUGUCGCUGGGAAGACUACAUUCUGAGACUCUGGAGAAAGCAUGCGGCCAAACUACCAUUCCUACAACACAUAUUCUCUAGUGUAUAUGCAAGGAACCUGCGGGUCCCCGCGGAGACUGUCCCACUCUCUGAUCCAAUCUCUGCCACCAGGAUGCUGUGUGGUGCCCUCGUCAUGCCAACUAUUGCUACCAUCAUGGGCAAGAUCAUGCUGGGUUCCGUUCAUUCCAACUUCCAGCGAACACUUCUGGGUGGCGUUGCUUUCACGAUAUUGAAGGGUGCACUGAAAAUCUACUACAAGCAACAGCAAUACCUUCGCCAGGCAAAUCGCAUCAUCAAGGACUUCCCCACCGAAGAAGAUGCCUCCUCAUCUGUGUAAAAAUCAACUUCUGCUGAAUGCAGUACCACAGAAAUCAAAACUGUGACCAGUACUGUGUACCACAGAAAUCAAAACUGUGACCCUCAAGCUGGAAUCAUUUCUUCAUUGUAAAAAAUACAAUCCGACCCACAUGCUGGAAUCAUUUCUUCAUUGUAAAAAAAAAAACUCCCAACCCACACACUGUAAAAAAAAAAAUUAAACUGUGACCCUCAAGCUGAAAUCAUUUCUUCAUUGUAAAAAAUACACUCCGACCCACAUGCUGAAAUCAUUUCUGCAUUGUAAAAAAAAAAUUCCAAUCCAUACACUUUAAAAAAAAAAAACUCUGACCCACAAGCUAGAAUAAUUUCUACACUGUAAAAAAUAUAAACUCGAACCCACAAGCCGGUAUCAUUUCUGCACUUUAAAAAAACAACUCCCAACCCACACACUGAAAAACGAUUAAAAAACAAACAAACUUGGACCCACAAGCUAGAAUUAUUUCUUCAUUGUAAAAAAAAAAAAACCCACUCUGACCCACAAGCUGUAAUCAUUUCUUCUUUGUAAAAAAAAAACAAACCCAACCCACAAGCAGAGAUCUGACCCACACACUAAUAAAAACAAACUCGGACCCACAAGCAGAAAUCUGACCCACACACUAAAUAAAAACAAACUUGGACCCACAAACUGAAAUCAUUUCUACACUGUAAAAUCACAUCCUCCAAACAAGAUGGCCUAUUUCAUUACAGCACAUUCGAUCACUAGUGAUUAAUUCGGGCUUUCUGCUUGCGCAAUACCAAUGACAUCACAACAGCCAUGUUAUGCUGAGUUGUUACAAAUCUGUAAUACGCAACCUUGCAGAAUUUCUUCUUCAAAGUCCUCUGUUCACAUUUUAUCAAAUGAAUUGGAGAGAUAAUCUGAAUAAUUUUCAUCUUUUAUUUUUGUGUGUUAUUACUAGUAUGUAAUGAAGAUGUCACUUUAUAAAACACACCCAGUCUAUAUCACACUCAUAUCGAACCCUCACCCAAUAUCGCCCCUCCGACUGAUUUUGGGGUUUCAGGGUGAUGUGAAAUAGGGUGUGUCUUAUCAUCGAUUCCCAACAGCUGAGUUUUACGGGAGAAUGUGAAGAGGAAGAAACUUUGUGUUGAUUAGAUUCAGCGCGAAAUAGUUCAUUGAGGAAAGAAAGAUAACUCUGCAUUGAAAGGAAUAUAUGUGGGAGAAAGAUGUGAAAAUUGUAUACUUGUAUAUUAUGUUUUGUUAUUUUAAAAUGUGAUGCAUUGUGUUUUUUUUGCAGCUGUGUGAUGCGGCCUGUUGACAGUUCCAGUAUUGUUGUGUUGUGAUUUCCCUCAGCUGUUUUUGUGAUUUUUAUAAGUAUUUCAGCUGCCACCAAGUCAAAUCUGCCCAAUGCUUUUAAAUCGUAACCACGGUCAGUUGUCAGUUUUGAGUCUGUCCUCUUUGUCUCAUGAUGCUGAUUGGUUUCUGUAAGUCAGCUGUUUAUAUUAACUCUUUCAUUCAUGCAAUGUAGAGCGGUGUUAGUGAAUAAGCCCAUAUCUGCACAGUAUGUACACAAACAAAAUACAAUUGUAAGUGUUUGUUGACAAUAAAUGCAUUUCUUGAAUGUGUUUCGUGGAUGUCUCACUGAUGUCUCUCGGAUGUCUUGCGGAUGUCUCAUUGAUGUCUCGUGGAUGAAGUUUGGUUUACUGUAAGUUAACAUCUCGAUGUGUUUUACUGUAGCAAGACAUUUCAGGGACUGAUUCCAAAAAAUUUCAAAAUAAAGGAUGUCAAAUUAGGUGCUACCUUCUUCGACCAGGUAGGCAGGUUGCAGCCCUCAAAAUUGCAAAAUAAUCGGUUACUGCAACAUUUUUCUAGUCUGAGGGAGGGGGUAGUUGUUGCAACCCUGUAGAUCCAAUGCUGCAAUCUUAGUUACAGAAUCAUUUGUAAUGUGACUCAUUGGUUGUAAAUCAAAAACCUCACUUGGACAAUGAAGUUGCUGUGACCUUGUGAACUGUUCCGUUUAUGUGCCAAGUAUCCCCACAGGGAUCUCUCUUUAUGGAAAGAUUUGACAGUUCUUUUUAUCGUGUUGAUGACGUAUAUAUCGAAACACUGUGUUGAAUUUAUUGGCUAUCUAUCAACAUCUGUGAUGCUGCCAUUAGCAGGAUAAUUUUACAUUCUGUAAUGUCAGGUGUUAUAAACAGCCAUUGAACUGUAUAAAUGUACUGCAACUUUACAAAUUUUUUAUUUUUUUUUUUGUGUAUGUGAAUUUGAACUCUCUCAUUUUUUUCUGUUUUAAUAGCCAUUUGGAAAAGUGUUUACAAUACAAUUUAUUGACAGUGAGUUCCUAAAGGAAAUUUCUUAUAUGUCUCAUACAAAACCACCUUAUCUGAAGCCAAUUUAUCUUCUCUUUUGAUAAAAGUUUUGAAGAUUUUGGCCGCUCCUGUCACAAUUUUGAAAAUAAUCUUUUGAUGACAUACCGUAGAUUGGGAACUUUACUCAAUGGUUUUAAUUUGUUCACGAUUUAUCAUUUUUUCGCAAAAUUAAACCCAUAGUGUAUAUCAAUAGUAUAUCAAAAAUAUUUCAAUGCUUUCAUAUUAAAUUGAAAUAUAAUAAAAGCAGAUUCCCUAUAACAUGAAAUUAAAAUCCAUCACAAUUGUGCUUUGUAAGAAAUUGUGAAAUAUGGCAAUAGUUCCUCUCUCCCUUGCAGUUGCCCUCGAAGCAGUAGUUCAUUGAGGAUUUCCACACUACCUUGCAGCAAUAGUUGUGACUGUUUCCUCGAGAUAAAUAACAUAUAUUGGUGAUAUUAAUAUUUCCAUUUGUGUUUCGAAAGGAUGUCGGCAAUUAAUUCCUCUGUAAGAAGAUUUUUAAGUAAAAAAGAUGGUCUUGGAUGAAAUGUAUAGGAAAGGUUUACUUUGUGAACUCACUUUUGGCGAAAGAGUGUACUGUUUAAUGGAUUUAUCUUGACAGUGGAAUAAUUCAGACAAUAUUAUUGUUCAUCAGUGAAAUUUGGUAUUGAGAAUUUCCUGUUUCUUUCACUCAAUACAUUCAACUUAAACUUACUUUUCAUAUUGAAGGAAGAAGUUUGUACUAGUCAGUUGAUGAAUGUAAUGGUUAUAACACAUGUGUAGUAUAUGUAUGUAGUGUACACAAACAUGUGAUAGUUAUAACACACACAUGUAAUAGUUAUAAUACAAACAUGUGAUGGGCUAGUUAUAAAAUGCACAAUUGCAUGAAAUAAUUAUGAUCUGUAACACACGUGUAAUAGUUAUAACACACAUACAACAUUGACAAUGCACACAUGUAAUAGUGAUAAGAAUAAAGUACAUAUUUUCUUAUAUCACUAUAUUCUUUAGAUGUUAACAUUGAAUUUUUACUUGAAGAUUUAGGAUAUAGAUUAAAUGUGAUCACUACAGGUAUUUCUUCGUCUCUUUCUGGUACGGCAUGGAUGUUAUUUAUUUAAUAUUUAGGUAGGGAAUUAAUAUCACUGACAAUUUUAUUUGUAUGUUUCUAGUUUUUAAUAAGGAUAGACAGUUGAAAUAAUAUGCAUAUUGUUGAAUAACUCUCAAGACUUAUUGUAAAUUUUCCCCUCAGUUAUAUAAUCAAGAAAGAUACUUAUCAGAUUAUUAGUGUACUUAAUUGUGAAAACUACUUUCAUUCAGGCCAGUUUUUUUGUAAACAUAUAUUACUGUGACAUUGAAUUUAUUUAAUGGAGACAGUUUAACAUUUUCUAAUUGUUGAUAAUUAUUGGCCACUGAAUGAGAAUGGACAUCACUGGAUCAUUAUAACAGAUAAUGAUUAUUAUAUGAUGUGUGUUUCGUGCUGUAGAGGGGUUUAUUUUUAUAGCAGUAAGCAAGCAUACUAACUUUUCUAUGAAAGAUGUUUAAAAUCAGUAAAAGAUUGAUAUUACAGUUACUUUUGUUGCAGUGAGCUAACUGUACAGGGUUUUAUAUUAGUGUACAACAGGUGUAUCAGUUGUUGCUUUCAAUAAACAGCUGAAUGUAG